UUUAUCUAUAUUACUAGUGAUAAAUAAUAAAGUUAUGGCUGAAGAAAUAAAAACAGAAGAUGUUAUGGUAGAAGUUUCAGAAGAAUCUGAAAAUCAUGACGAUUCUGCUCAGAAGAGUUCUGAAGACAACUCCACAGUAGAGACAAAAACAGCAGAAGGAGACGGCGUAGGGUGUAAACUAGCUCCCGCCACUGAAUAUAUCACAUGGGAUCGUUAUGGCGCAGUUAAAAUCCGGUUUUCUGAUGACAAAAGUAAAAUAUCAGGACAACCAGCCAUUUCAGUAAUGGAGUUCUUUGAAAGAGCAGUAAAAAAGUUUUCAAACAGAACUGCUAUGAAAGUUGAAAGAGAAGGAAAGUGGAUUUCGUGGACCUACAAAGAAUACCUACAAGACAUCAAAACAGCAGCUAAAGGUUUUAUCAAGCUUGGACUUGAACCUUGUAAUGGUGUGGGGAUUCUCGGCUUUAAUUCACCAGAAUGGUUAUUUUCAGACCUUGGCUCUAUUUAUGGAGGAGGUUUUGCCACUGGAAUAUAUACCACAAACAAUGCAGAAGCUUGUCGUUAUGUCUGUGCCGAUGCUGCAUGCAAUAUUGUAGUUGCCGAGAAUGAUGCGCAAGUUCAAAAAAUACUACAGGUUUGGGAUCAGUUACCAAAUUUAAAAGCCCUUGUGCAGUACACUGGAGAAAUAAAAGACAAAAAACCAAACAUGUAUACUUGGAAUGAACUAAUGGAAAUUGGACGUCAAGAGAAAGACGAUUUGCUUAAGGAACGAAUAAAUGCUCAGUCGCCAAACAAAUGCUGCACGUUGAUUUACACUUCUGGGACCACUGGAAACCCAAAAGGUGUCAUGUUAUCACAUGAUAAUGUUAUAAGUGCAUGUGAGGGCGUUGCUGAACGACUUAAACCAACUGUCGACGUGGAUUUAACAAACUCCUAUGAGACUUGCAUUAGUUAUCUGCCUCUUAGCCAUAUUGCUGCGCAGAUGACUGAUAUCUGGAUUCCAAUUCGUGGCGGUGCUUGUGUGUGGUUUGCAAAACCUGAUGCGUUGAAAGGAUCUUUAGUAAACACUCUCCUUGCAGCUAGACCUACACUGUUUGUUGGUGUACCAAGAGUGUUUGAGAAAAUAGAAGAGAAACUAAAAGGUAUAGGAGCAAACAUUCAUGGCAUAAAGCGUAAAAUAGCAGACUGGGCAAAAGGCGUGGCUUUACGUGGCAACCAGAAUAAAGAAAACGGGAGACCUGUUCCUUAUGGUUGGGGUGUAGCAAAUGCACUUGUUUUAAAAAAGGUACGGAAAAGUUUAGGACUAGACCGCGCAAAAAUGGUAUUCACGGCGGCAGCACCAAUAUCAAGACAAACUUUAGAGUACUUUCAAAGUUUGAACAUCCCAUUGUGCGAAAUCUAUGGUAUGAGUGAAGCAGCAGGCGCUCUCACCUUAUGUACACCUGAAUUUUCACGAAUCACCUCCAUUGGAACUGUGAUGGGUGUGAAUGAAUAUAAGAUUGGCAAUCAAGAUGAAGACGGCAGUGGCGAGUUAUGUUUCAAAGGACGGAAUAUUUUGAUGGGUUACCUAAACAACGAAGAGAAGACGAAAGAAACGUUUGACGAUGACGGAUGGUUGCUGACGGGUGAUGUCGGAAAGGUCGAUAAGGAUAACUUUUUCUACAUUACUGGCCGGAUAAAAGAACUCAUCAUCACUGCGGGGGGUGAAAACAUAGCACCUGUUCCAAUCGAAGAUAAUAUUAAAGCUCAUUGUCCACUGAUUGCUACUGCAAUGGUGAUUGGAGACAAGAAAAAGUUUUUGUCAUGUCUUUUGACUUGUCAGGUUGCAAUUGAUCAAGACACGGGCUUGCCUACCGACAAACUGCUCCCGUCAGCCGUUCAUUAUUGUAGCGAGUUAGGUUUAAAUGUGACGAAGGCACAGGAGGUGGCACCAGACGUGCCGGAAGUGCUUAGUAAAGCUAUUCAAGACGCUAUUAACGAAGCUAACAAGUCUGCUGUUUCCAACGCUGCUAGGGUGCAAAAAUGGAAGUUACUUCCGCUAGAAUUUACAAUAGCGGGUGGCGAACUAGGUCCAACACAAAAAUUACGCCGACCGCAUGUCAUGAAAAUGUACAAAGAAACAAUCGACGAAUUUUACGCCUAACUGGAAUUCUUCGAAUGAAAUCGUUCGAAUAGUUAGCUUUAAGGAAAUAAUUUUAGGGCAAACAUUCCUUUUUUUGGUAUUUAAUGAAAUUUGGUAUUUUCAAUUGUUCCGUGUAUUUUUUGUCAUAUUAUAUAAUGUAUUUAAUUACAAAAAUUCCGUAGCCAAAAACCUAUUCUUCAGAACGAAAAAAAAUGUAUUUUAGAAGUUUUGUUAUUUUGGUAUAGUGAACGGCUACAAUGA